UGUUGGGGGGGAGGGGGGUUACCAGAGAGAGAAGUUGAAUGGAUCCGAGGGUAGCUUGGAUUCAGCCCGAACAGAAAGGACCUGCGAACGCCUUAUGGAUGCACGUCUGGGAGACCUCUCAGGGAGCGGGGACGCUCUCCGCUCGGCAGCUCCACGGCCCGGCGUUCGUCGGCUAUGCGGCACUGGAUGUUUUAAAAAAUGUGGCGACCGCAGUUGCAUCGAGCAAAACGAGCAACGGCAGCAGCCAGCAUCACAGCAUCCCUCCACAGAGCGGUAGCGGCACGGCGAUCCCCAGGCAGGGGACAGCCGCGUCCGGGACCGCGCACAACUCCUUCACGACGGGGAACGUCGCGGAGCCGACAGGGGAGGAGAAGAUCCUGCCCCAAAGGAAGACGGGCUACGUCUCCUCGUCUUCCCAGGAAUCCGAGACGGAGCGCUCUGCUACUCCUUCGGGCUGCUCGCUUGAGAGGACUACGGGGGGGACUGUGACGGGCAACUUUAAUAAAAACGGGAGCACGCUCUUCUGCUCGAGGGACAGCAGCGUGGAGAGUAACGUGGACCUUUGUCACCACCAACACGCAGAGGAACACCCAGCUUUAAAUUUACCGCAGGUCUGUGGGAAGCGUCACCAGCAGCAGGUCCCCCCCUCCGCACACGGUAAUCCCUCACACAAUCACCACCCGGGCAGAAGGAAAAGUGACAAUAAGGCGAGCACGUAUGGGGCAAAUUACUGGCUUUCGAACUGCACUAAUGGCAACUGUGGGAACACCUGGACGCCGUGGAAGACGAGGACGUACAAGCCUGGGGUUCUCGGACUUCACGAGGAGGUGGUGGAUUUCUACAACUUCAUGUCUCCUCGGCCCGAAGAGGCAGCGAUGAGGAAGGAGGUAGUGACGCGAAUAAAGAAGAUCAUCAAUGAGCUGUGGCCCAAAGCGGAUGUUCAGAUAUUUGGCAGCUUCAGCACAGGGCUGUACCUUCCAACCAGUGACAUCGACCUGGUUGUGUUUGGAAACUGGGAGCGACCCCCACUGCAAGAGCUGGAACAGGCGCUUCGUGAACACAACAUGGCAGAACCUGAUUCCAUUAAAGUGUUGGACAAAGCUACAGUACCAAUCAUCAAACUGACUGACCAAGAGACUGAGGUGAAAGUGGAUAUCUGUUUCAACAUGAAUUCUGGAGUGAAGGCAGCUAGCUUCAUUAAAGACUACUUAAAGGAGUACCCGGUUCUGCCUUACCUGAUCUUUGUACUGAAGCAGUUCCUGCUGCAGAGAGAUCUGAAUGAAGUCUUCACUGGGGGCAUUAGCUCCUACAGCCUCAUCCUUAUGGUCAUUAGUUUCCUACAGCUUCAUCCUCGUAUUGAUGCCAGAAUCCCCAACCAGAACCUGGGCAUGUUACUGAUCGAGUUCUUUGAGUUGUACGGCCGCCAGUUCAACUACUUGAAAACAGCAAUUCGCCUCACAAAUGGAGGCGCAUACGUAUCGAAAGACGAAAUGAUGAAGGCCAUGACCAAUGGAAACAGGCCGUCUAUGCUCUGUAUAGAGGACCCACUGGUUCCAGGCAAUGAUGUGGGGAGGGGUUCUUAUGGUGCCAUACAAGUCAAGCAGGCGUUUGACUAUGCCUACAUUGUGCUGAGUCAUGCUGUGUCACCGCUCGCAAGGUCCUAUCCCAACAAAGACUGUGAAAGCACGUUGGGGAGGAUCAUCCGGCUGACCCAGGAAGUCAUCAAGUACAGGGAAUGGAUCAUUAGGAAGUGGGGGGGCAAGGAUUCACCGCCGACGGACAACAGAGUGUUGUUUCCCAGAGAGCCAGUUUCCAACCAGGAGCCCUGUGAGCCUGGUGGUGGGGGUUCAGAAGAGCAGCAACGGGACUCUGUGUCGCCUCACAGUGCUGACUCCCCCAUGUCCAUCUCCAGCCCUCAGCAGCACUCAUCAGACUCAUCUGUGUCUUCACUGUCUGGAUCAGACAACGACUCGGAUUCAGCAGUGCCAUGCCCCCUCCCUCCACCAACCUUACCAGCAUAUGUGUCCUUCCCUCCUCUUGGCUUAGCCUUAGCACCAGGCCUCAACAUGGCAACCGGAAAGCACGGCAUGGGAGGACACCAUCUGCUACUUCCUCCAGGUUCACAGGCUCAUGUGUCACUGCCCGGAGGUCUAGCACUGCACUCCAUGCCUGGCAGACAGGUGUCUAUGGACACUGGGCAACCUCCCUUCUUCCACCUGCCGCCCCCAGCCCACGUGCCUGUCCCUUCAAGCCCCCAGCCUCCGCCCAGUCCCCACUCCAGCCACACACACAAG